GCCGCGCCGGCGACGCUGGGAAUCGGCGUUUUAAAACCACCGGGUGGGCCGCGGCCAUGAGCAAGCGGAAUCAAGUGUCGUACGUGCGGCCGGCGGAGCCCGCGUUCCUGUCCCGCUUCAAGGAGCGGGUCGGUUACAAGGAAGGGCCCACCGUGGAGACCAAGAGAAUCCAGCCACAGGUCCCAGACGAAGAAGGUGAUCACAGUGACAAAGAUGACGAACAGCCCCAAGUGGUAGUUUUGAAAAAGGGAGACCUGACAGCCGAAGACGUCAUGAAAAUCAAAGCAGAAAUAAAGGCUGCUAAAGCAGAUGAAGAACCAGCUCCAGCCGAUGGGAGAAUCAUGUAUCGAAAACCAGUGAAGCGCACCUCAGAUGAAAAAUACUCAGGUUUAACCGCAAGCUCAAAAAAGAAGAAAACAAAUGAAAAUGAAGGAAAUAAGCAGGACUCAGAGAAAAAGAACUCACAAAAGCAAAUAAAAAACAGUAGCCUCCUUUCUUUUGGCAAUGAAGAAGAAAAUGAAUAAAUGUAAAUGUUUGGGCUUAAAGUCUCCUUGGGAAGUAUAUGAGGUAUUUUUUUCAAAUAACAUUUUUUCCCUGUGGCUUUUAAAAUAGCUUUCUUUUCCUAUUAUGCUACAAGUUAUAGAAUAAUUAGAAGAUACAGGAAAACUUUUGAUAUAAUGAAUAUGUAUUAAUACCCCAACUGGAAAUUCCAAUUUUGUAGAUGCUAAAUACCAUUACUAUGUUUUGUUA